AUGGGGAAUAUGUUUGCUACACUUUUCAAAGGCCUCUUUGGCAAAAAAGAAAUGAGAAUAUUGAUGGUUGGACUUGACGCUGCCGGAAAAACUACUAUUUUGUAUAAAUUAAAAUUAGGAGAAAUCGUUACGACUAUUCCAACGAUAGGAUUUAACGUCGAAACAGUCGAGUACAAAAAUAUAAGCUUUACUGUCUGGGAUGUUGGUGGGCAAGAUAAAAUCAGACCUUUAUGGAGACACUAUUUUCAAAAUACACAGGGUUUGAUAUUUGUUGUGGAUAGCAAUGAUAGAGAACGUAUUGGUGAAGCAAGGGAAGAACUUAUGAGAAUGCUAGCCGAGGACGAACUGCGAGAUGCUGUGCUGCUUAUAUUUGCUAAUAAACAGGAUCUACCAAAUGCGAUGAAUGCGGCAGAAAUCACUGAUAAAUUAGGUCUUCAUUCUUUGCGUAAUCGUAAUUGGUACAUACAAGCAACGUGUGCCACCAGUGGCGAUGGUUUAUAUGAAGGUCUGGACUGGCUAUCUAAUCAACUGAAAAAUGCAAAUCGUUAAAUAUCACAUGAUAAUGACAGCACUCAGUUCGAAUAAAAUAAUAAAUAAGUUAUAAAAUACACUCGAUUACCCUUAGGAAAUGAGGUUAUUAUUCCUUUAAGUAACUGAGUAUAAUAAAAAGGCCGUAAUUUACAAAAUGAAAUAAAAAAAAACAACAAAUAUUAAAGUAAAUUAUGUACCAGUUUUAUAAUGAGAUAAAAGUGGUAUAGUUAUAAAUGUUGAUACAGAUGGGCCGGUUGAAGUAGACGGUUGCUUUGUGCAUAUAAUUUUAACUGUCUGCAUCGCUAUCAAGUGAGUUGAAGAUCGUCAAUGUGAAACUUACAUUACAAAAAUAAGAAAUCCAGGAGUUAUUGCAUUGAACUAGAAACUUACUUAUUAUAAAUAAGUGUGUAUGUGGAUGCCUACAUAGUUCCAUAUUUAUCAUUCAUAAUAUAUGAUUCAUAAGUAUAUUUACCUUUUGAAAAAAAUCGUAUAAUCCAUAUCACAUAAUGUAUGGUUAGUAAAACUAUUCGAUCGUUCUACAUUUAGUAAUUUAGCAAAAUUUAAUUUGUUUGUAAAUUUUCGUCGUCUCAUUGCAAAUUACCAAUCGCAACUAAUAAAACUUAUACUUAAGAAUAAAUAAUUUUAAGGAAGUACAUUUUACUGUGGUAAUGUAAAAAUUUGUGAAUACAACCCAAGGCCUUCCUACUCAGACAUUUGCAAGAACUACUUUAUACUGUAAAACGUUACUUGAAUUACUCAUUAUCAAAUUUCUAUGAUUCGACAUUAUAUUAAAUGUGACUGUUGAUUCAACA